AGCAGCAGCAGCAGCAGCAGGUGGAGGAGCGGCCAUCACAAGGUGUGGCACACCUGACUACCACUCACCUGUCAGUGUUAAUAUCCAGGUGUUUGUUACGCUAUGUGUUGUGUUGAGUGAGUGCCACCAUGCAGGGGGUCAAGGCUGUGCUGGUGUGGCACCUGAUGGCCGCCAUAGGCCUAAUUAUGGCACAGUUUGAGUACCAGGAGACAGACGCCUUCGAUCAGAUAGAUAAUUUAAUACGUCGUGUAAACCAGGAUAAUUGUUUUUAUUAAACCCAGGAUGGAUCUGUACUUACCUCCAGAGACUGUGUCACAUCAACCAGACAUCCGGCAGGUGAACAUAAACCCUAUCUUUCCGAAUCGUACGGCGCUCUUUCAUCUUCACAACAUGGCCCAUUCUCGGGCCUUUUUCUUCUCAUACAUCCUCCAGUCACGCUUCAAAAGACCAGCAGUAAAUGAAUCAGAGGGUGCUUCUGAGUAUGAUCCUGGCUUUAUGUACUACUUCCUCUCAACUAUAGCAGAUGUGGCAGCAAAUCCAAAAAUUAAUUCGAGUGCAGUCUACUUCCAACCCAAUAUGGCAUUCACAUCAUCUUACAAAGGAUUCUUCAAUAAAACAAUGCCUCUGUUUGCACCAAGAGCAUUUAGGAUGGAUGAUUACAAUGAUCCUGUACAUCUGGAGAGAAUCUCAACGUUGAAUUUCUUUCAAGUGGAGGAUCUUGGAGCUAUUAUGCCAACAGGCGAGCGGUCACUUAAUUAUACAUUAGAAGACUAUCGUAUCAAUGAGUGGUACUAUUCCUGGCUACCACAUACCAAUAAACAACAGGAUGAACUCACUACAUACCAGGUAAAUUUGUUUCUUUACUCACAAGGUUUAUAUUUAUGCAUCAGUGGUAGUGAACUAAGUGGCCAUUUAUGCUGCAAUUACUCAGGAGUCCGACAGAUCAUUAACUUAACCCUUAAGCUGUCAGCAUCCCCUAAAUUAAAAGGCCCUUCUGUGUCCACCUUUUUUAAACAAUAAUCUUCUAGUUGAGCC